AUGGAUUACAAAGAACAUUCGAAAAACAACGUGGAUCUGCUAUUGGAAUCGCUUCUCAAUGGCAAUGGAUCUGGCAAUGAUAUGGAUUCAGCUGUAUUCAUGGGUUCAACAGAUGACCUGAACGAGUUCCGUAUGGCAGAGGAUAUUCAUAAGGAUCGUGAAGACGUGUCUCCCGUUGCUGAAGACCCAAUUACAUUUAAUAUGAACGAAACUAUUCCUUUGCAAUUCUCUUUGGCGUCUGCUGAUCCACGCACUUUAUCGCUAUUGUCAUCAUCGUCAUCAUCGUCUUCUUCUUCUCCAGUUGAUGGUAAUAAACUACCAUCUGUUUCUUCUGUUGUUCCUUCCAAAGUUACCAUGAAGAGAUCAUAUCCUAAUAUUACAAGGAUAGAGGAAGAUUACCAUGAGACAAAUACUGCGUUACAGGAGAAGUCUUCAAUGUUAGAGACUGGUGGCCCAUUUGUUUGCCAUUACUGUGAUGCAUCGUUUCGUAUGAGAGGUUACUUGACACGUCAUAUAAAGAAACAUGCUAUAGAGAAAGCGUACAAAUGUCCCUUUUUCAGUAAAGAUGCACCUCCUGAGUUAAGAUGUCAUAACUCUGGUGGGUUUAGUCGUAGAGACACAUACAAGACCCACUUGAAGGCUAGACAUUUGUUAUAUCCAAAGGGUGUUAGGCCUCAGGAUAGAAACAAAUCAUCAGGCCAUUGUGCUCAAUGUGGUGAAUUUUCUCAGAAUAUUGAAAAUUGGGUAGAGCAACAUAUUGAAUCUGGUGAUUGUACGGGUUUACCAAUAAAUUAUGUACGCACAGUGAAAAGUGAAAGGAAAUCUGGGAAAUUGAAAAUGAUUAAGACCUCUAGUGGUCAUUCUAGGUUUAUCUCAACGGCCAAGAGUAUCAUUGAACCAAAGAUUCUAUUGAAUCAAGAUGCUUUGGAAACUAUUGCAAUCAUUGCCACAGAUGAUACAUCUGAUGAAGAGAUUCAACCUAGCGUCGUGGAACAUCAACCACAUAUUACAAAAAGUCAUAAAGUUGUUAAAUAUAGUAAUAACCACGGUAAUAGAAAAUAUAUGACAACAAUGGCAACAAUAAAUUAUCCUCCGUUGGAUAUAGAGCAAGCCCCAAUCGAAGAUAAAUCUGCAGACAAGAAAUAUACCAGAGGAAACCUUCAUACUGAUGAUCUUGAAGAUACAAUAGAAGAUUUUGACCUGGAACAAUUAUAUGAAACUGAUUACCAUUCAACAAGAAAGUACAUGAAAUUGUACAUUUCUAGGUUUAAAUCAGAAAUCUAG